AUGACCAAAUCAGACAUGUCAGACGACAUAGCCUACAACCCUUACCGAUCCAGAAUCACCAAGAGCCUAACCUUGCAAUGGCCAAGGCUCCCAGCGAUAGAGGAUGCACAAUUCAAAAGUUACGCUACCACCCAUUCUUCCAUCCCUCUGAGCGAUAUCGACUCUAGAUAUAGAUACGAAAGGUUGGCUUUUGUAGGUGAAGGGAUAUUAUUCAGUUUCGUUACUUCUUUAUUACAAGAUUUGUUCCCUGAUAUCGACAGAGAAUCAGUAUCAACCCUUCGAUCCAAACUUCUUUCUCCACCUGGUCUCUCGUCCGUAUCCAUUCAUUAUUCCCUGCCUUCCAAGGUGAUCAUCAGUAGACAUUUACUUGAACCUACUCGUAAUUCCAUCAAAGCCACUUCGGAGAUGUCUGAAGCUUAUCUCGGAGGAUUAUUUUACUCUUACGAGAAGCAUUUCCAAGAAGAAAUGAUCGAUCCCGCUUUGAUCCAAAAUACCGAGCGAAUACACAAGAGUAAUGCAGGAGAGAAGCAAGGCGAUAAUACCAAAGAUGAUAAGAAGAACAAGAAGAAGAAGAGAAAGCUCAAUAACGAUACUUUGGAAAAUUCUCGAGAAAAUCAGUUACCCUCCUACAAUAAUCACUCUUCAGCCCAGUCAUACGCCUAUGCCCAGAUUGAACCUUUCCUCCUUCCGAUUUUUACCAGCCUAGCCAAGGAAUUAUACGAUCCGAAUGAAUGUGAGCAUAAGAGAUUAUUGGCGUUAUCAGAGAACUCGAAAGGCGAAUUACACAUUUUAUUGGGUCAGAACAAACUACCUAUGCCCAUCUACACUCAGGAUAAAGUUUUACCCCCGGAUGAACCAAAUAAUGAAGGUGGAAGUGAAAGUCGUAAGGUCAGAAAAAGUGAGAGGGGUCUGAAAUGGAAAAUAAGCUGUAUCAUUGUUUUACCGGAGCAAGAAAUCUUCAUCCGAGAAGAAGGUAUAGCAUCGAAUUCGAAAGAUGCAGGGAACAUCGCUGCGUAUCUUGCUUUGAAGAAAUUGAGAGAGAUCAUGCUUGAUCAAGGAAAGAAGGGAACGGAAGAGGGGGAGAAGGAGAUGUGA